GUCAAAGGUGAUAAAGAAUGGCACGUCUACUUUCAUUUUUCGACCUUCACCUUGCCCAACCUUGAAGUUGAAGGACCACCAAUAUGGCGACGACGGUGCAGAUUUUACGAUGCAGUACUCGAGGAUCAAGGAUAUUGUUCCAAUCCGCUCUUCUUCGUAAUACUUCAGUGGGAACAAAAACUACUUUCGGAACAAGUUCAGCAUUAACCAAUGUGUUUGAGGCAAGGCGUGGUCCAUUUUCCCCAGAGGAAAAAAGAGGAAAGGGACAUUUAAUGUCAGCUUCAACACAUUGGAAGGUAGAGAGAGUUUUAAUGAUUAGUAUGAUACCUCUCAUGCCAGCUGCUCUUUUCUAUCAAAGUCCUUUUAUUGACCAUGCUAUCUGUACUGCAGUCUUUCUUCAUGGAUACUGGGGAAUGGACGGUGUAUUAACAGAUUAUUUGGAGAAAUUUGUUCCUUGGGUUAAACCAUUGUGGACCGUUCUCAGUAUCAUAGCAUUUGCUGGACUUGUAAACUUUAAUUAUAAUGAUGUGGGAUUGUGUAAGGCUGUUCAGAUGUUAUGGGCAUUGUAAGAUGGUAGUUUGAAGGACUCAAAGCGCUAAAAAAUGAGAGACUCAAGAAAGAAUAAUGAAAAAAGUGGAAUAUGUUCAUUUAGAAUGAUGUAUUUAUAGAUCUAAAUGUUUAUGUAUCUUGUUUUAUUAAUAAAUGAUUCUUAUAAAUCUUA